CUCCUACGAGUAUCCUGAAAAGUGAGAUAAAGAUUCAUAACAAUUUUAUCUUUUUCGUAUGCUUUCCCAUCUGAAGCGAGUGAUGAGUCAAGUGAAAAAUGAGUCAGUUUGUUUCGGGUAGAACUUUUCCUCUUUAACUGCACAUUUAUAGGUCUUGAUUCUUAUCCUAUCUAACACCCAAAUCUAUAUUAUCAUUCAUCGUUCUACUUCCAUAUUCAUUCAUAUAUACUUCCUCUGCUUCAAUUCACUACUCAGCAAUAUAUGGAGAACUUUGUAAUUCAAGUCCUUCGGGGAAGAUGGUUCAUGAUGUUUGCUUCUUUCUUGAUCAUGGCUGGAGCCGGUGCCACCUAUCUCUUUGGCGUCUACUCAAAAGACAUCAAAUCCACUUUGGGUUAUGACCAGUCCACCCUCAACCUCCUCGGAUCCUUCAAAGACGUCGGAGCCAAUGUCGGAAUUGUCUCCGGCCUCAUUGCAGAGGUAACCCCUACAUGGUUCGUUCUGCUCAUCGGUUCAGCCAUGAAUUUCGCCGGCUACUUCCUCAUAUGGCUAUCUGUCACUAAAAGAAUCCCCAAACCCAGAGUUUGGCAGAUGUGUUUGUACAUUUGCAUUGGGGCGAAUUCCCAGAAUUUCGCCAACACCGGUUCUCUGGUCACCUGUGUCAAGAACUUCCCGGAAAGCCGUGGGAUGAUGUUGGGCCUGAUGAAGGGUUUUGUUGGGUUGAGCGGUGCUGUUUUCACCCAACUUUACCUCGCCAUAUACGGGAACGAUUCGAAGUCUAUGAUCCUUUUGAUUGCUUGGUUGCCCGCGGUUUUGUCCAUCAUCUUUAUCCCGAGCAUUAGGCCGAUGAAGAUAUCGAGACACCCUCAGGAGACAUGGGUUUUGUUUGAGUAUCUUUGGAUUUCCAUCACAAUGGCAUUGUGUUUGAUGGGAUUGACGAUUACCCAGAAGUAUGUGAAAUUCUCACACACCGCUUACGUGGCGUGUGCCACGGUGGUUUGUGUCUUGCUCUUUCUCCCGUUCUUUAUAUCUAUUAGGGAAGAGUAUUCCACCCGUCGGGCUAUGAAGAAGGAGAGGAAGAAGAAGAAGGUUUUGAGCGACAGUCGCUCCACGUCUCGGGUAGCACUUGAUGAUAUUGAGGAACAACCAUCGCCCGAGCCCCGAAUGUCCGAGAUCGUUGAGGUGUCAGAGCAAAUGCAGGAAGGAGCGGAAGGAGGGAAGAGUACUAGAGGGACAGGAUGCUUUAAAGAUAUAUGCAAGAAACCGAAAAGAGGUGAUGAUUACACAAUACUUCAGGCUCUAUUGAGCAUAGACAUGCUAAUUCUCUUCAUAUGCAACUUCUGUGGUCAAGGCUGUAGCUUGACUGCAGUGGAUAAUCUAGGCCAAAUUGGUGAGUCUUUGGGAUACCCGUCCCAAACCAUAAGCACCUUUGUCUCCUUGAUUAGCAUUUGGAACUUCUUUGGUCGAGUCUUCUCGGGAUUUGUGUCCGAAGGAAUCAUAAAGAAGUGGAGAGUACCUCGACCGCUUAUGAUGACAUUGUCCCUCCUUGUACCUGUUGUGGGAGACCUUUUCAUCGCCUUCCCGUUCCCGGGAUCCAUCUACGUUGCAUCGUUGCUCAUCGGAUUCUCUUACGGCGUCCAACUCACCCUUCUCUUCAUCAUAAUCUCUGAGCUAUUUGGUCUCAAAUAUUACUCCACGCUGUUCAACUGUGGCCAGCUGGCGAGUCCGAUUGGGUCAUACAUACUCAAUGUCAAGAUAGUGGGGAAGUUGUAUGAUAUGGAGGCAGUGAAGCAGCUUCAAAUGAAGGGGAUAGAGAAGGGAAUGGUCAAGGAGCUGACUUGCAUGGGUAAAUCAUGUUAUAGGGUCUCUUUCAUUAUUUUGGCAGGGGUUAACUUUUUUGGAGCUUUGGUCUCUUUGAUUUUGGUGUUCAGAACUAGAGAUUAUUACAAGACUGAUAUUUACAAGAGGUUUAAGGAUGAAAUGGAAGCUAAUGAGAAGGAGAUGGCUGAUGUUGCAUUUCCUUCUCUUGGGGCAACUACAUAAUCUUUUUGUGUAUGUUUAAGUAUCAUAUAUUUAGACAAGUUCUAUUUUUCAAUUAUGUUAAUUCAGUGGAGUGUCAUUUUCUUCUUAUGGGCAUAUGCUUUGACUUUUUCUUAUAGCUAGGUUUACUAUGAUUACAUUAAAGUUACUCUUAAAGUCUAUAAAAUUUAUACAGUAAUUUAA